AAAACACAAACAUACAUAUCCCAGCACAAACCACACUUAAACAGAAGUAUCACUGCAAUUCAAAAUUAAAAAUUUAAUCAGAGAAUAAAAAUGAAUCCUUUACAGCUGUUAAACAUAAUCUUAAAUUUCUUGGCUUAUGUAUUUGUGCAUCUUUUGUGUAAGAGGGCCUUUUUUCAUACACAUAUAGACUUACUCACAAUCACCUGCUGAUGUUUCUCCUCUCCAGUUUUUAUGGACCUGGGUUACUGUUUAACAUCCCCACCCUAGUUUGAGUUUGUUUAGUAAAUCGAUCUUAUGACAGGGCUAUGAUGGCGCCAUCCAAUGUGUCGCUCCAUGAAUUAUUGGCAGCUUAGCUCUCCAGCCUUCCCUUUUAAUGUUUUCCAACACUUUACACUAUUUUUAAACCCAGUGCUCCAUAAGCCUGAUGGCUCACUGAGUGCUGCUGCCUCUCACAGUACAACUUUACCCCUGGAUAAAUGCACAUACAAGACGGAAAUAGUAAAACGGACAGCAUGCCAACAGAGCCAAGCCAAUCUGGUCCGGAUGGGUUAAGCACUAAUUGUGCAAUCUGUGGAGACAAAGCUACAGGAAAGCACUAUGGGGCCUCUAGCUGCGACGGCUGUAAAGGUUUCUUUAGACGCUCCAUACGAAAAAACCAUGUGUACACCUGCAGGUUCAACAGACAGUGUGUGGUUGAUAAAGAUAAGAGAAACCAAUGCCGUUUCUGCAGACUCAACAAAUGCUUUAGAGCAGGCAUGAAAAAAGAAGCUGUACAGAAUGAAAGAGAUCGGAUCAGCUCCCGAAGAGCCAUCCCAGAUUCCCAAGACCUUCCACCGAUUACUAUCUUGGCACAGGCAGAAUCAUUAUCCCAGCAAAUUAUCACUCCUGUAGGACUUGCAGAUAUAUCGAAGGUGAAAUCAGCCACAAUAGGUGAUGUUUGUGAUUCUAUGAGGCAACAACUCUUGGUUUUGGUGGAAUGGGCCAAAUAUAUACCUGCCUUUGGGGAAUUGCCACUGGAUGAUCAGGUGAGCUUGCUCAGGGCUCAUGCAGGUGAACACCUCUUGCUCGGGGUUGCCAAAAGGUCAAUGCCAUUUAAGGACUUCCUCCUUUUAGGUAAUGGCUGUGUGAUACACAGGAACAGCCCCGAGUCGGAGAUUUGCAGGGUUGCAAACAGAAUUUUAGACGAGUUGGUCCAGCCUUUCCAGGAUAUUCAGAUAGAUGACAACGAGUAUGCAGCUCUAAAGGCAAUUGUCUUUUUUGAUCCAGAUGCUAAGUCUUUGCGGGACCCUACAAAAAUAAAGACAAUGCGUCUUCAGGUUCAGAUGAGUCUGGAGGACUACAUUAAUGACCGUCAGUAUGACUCCAGGGGUCGUUUUGGAGAGCUCUUACUCCUGCUUCCCACCUUGCAGAGCAUCACCUGGCAGAUGAUUGAACAGCUCCAGUUCAUUAAGCUCUGUGGCCUGGCCAAGAUAGACAACCUGCUGCACGAGAUGCUGCUGGGAGGGCUAACAACAGAAUCCAGCCAUCUUCAUCACCCAGCACACACCCAGCUGGCCCAGGACCCUGUGACAGGACACACCCUAGUCAUCAGCACCAUGCCAGUCACUCAGAUUCCACAGAUAGCUUCACCUGAGACUCCCAUGCCAUCCCCACCACAGGAUCCUGCCACAGAAAUGUACAAACGUUUUCCUCAGCCUCACAAUGCUACUGCCAGCCCUCCACCGUCCACAAAAGCAGAACCCUGACUCCUUCCUAUAUCAUAUCGAGUAGUUUCUCAGAGGAUCAGUUUUCUCCUUGUCUGUAGUUUAUUAUAGUGAUGCAAAAGCACUCCUUAUUCAGUAGGUGUCUUAAAGACUUCCCACUGCCUAUUCCCAGUGUUGCUGUUGGUAUUGCGGCAACAAUGGCCUUGGAAUAAUUGGCUGCUCUUCAAAAGUAAGCUUUUAUUCAAAUUGAAACCAUCACAAGUCUACAUGUUUCAACAAGAGAGCAGACACAGGGGCUUCGGCUGUAAUGAUCAGAGGGCACAGAGCAAUUCAGGGGCUCAUUUAGGCUCCAGCUGAUGCUCUAACCUGCUCAGACCACUCGGAUCAUUUCCAUAGUCAUCUCACAGCGGCAGGGAUGAUGUGUGUGAGUAAAGUAUAAUGACGGCACAGCAGUAACUUCAUUAUUCGAACAGCCCGACAUGACAACAAGCUCAGUCAUCUGAAAAACUUUACGUAAACUGUAUCGGAGCAACUACUGCUUACCUUUUACAGGUUUAAAAGACAAACCUUCCAGGAAAAAAAAAAAAAAAAGGCAAAAUGAUCUUAUUUUACCCAUUACAUGUUUGAUUGAAUGUAUUGAAUGGAGUAGAAAAUGGAGAAGAAUAAAGGAAUAAAAAUUAUUCUGAGUGAAAGUCAUAAUAACAUGUAUUACAUUUAAAGCAGAAAUCUCCAUUUGGCCAUGUUUGAAUUAUCUUAAUAAAUAUUUGAUCAUCUACCUUCUACUCCAAUGUGCCUUAAAACAAGGAGAGCACAGGAGUGUCUCAGCAGUAGAGUUUUUUCAGAUGAUUUGAUUGACAGUAAAUAUCAGAGGAGCUGUUGUUACCCACAGCCAGUCUGCCUCUUUGACUUCUUUGUGCAGCAAACCUAAUUUAAUUCGGAUUCUGACUUGACCCAACCCAUGACUAAAAAUGCUCUCAGAAAUGUAUGCAAUUUAGUUUUGGAAAAAAGCAAAAUAAAACAACAGUUUAACAUGGAACAGAGUAUUAGAAACAGUUAAAAAUAAAUAUGGAUAAAAUAAAUCAUAACAGAUUAUGCUGCCCUUAUUGGUAAAUUAUUCUUCUUUUUUCAUUCUGGCAGGUAAACAGCACACACAAGAGACUAGCUGCUAACAAUAGAGUCAAUUUUCUAUAUAAUUAUACUAAUAGCAUAAUAUAUGGAGCAAAAAUUCUGUACAGUUUUUAAGGAUACUUUUUUAUUUUAUUUUUUCAUAUCUCAAUGUAAAUAGUAGCACCCAGUUUGAAUCAGAUGCAAUGAUAUUCCUGCUGCUGCAUCACCAUUUUAGUGACUGUGUAUUUUGAUAUACACAGCCAAGUUAAAAUAACCUAAGUUCGGGUAAAAAAAAAUGCUGCAGUACAUUCCUUUUUCGGAAAUUGGAUUGUCACAAUUUAACCUUUUGUUCAUUUGUUUCCUUCCCACUGUUUGAAUCCACUAUAUUUACACAGACAAGUGCACCCGGUUUUCUUUGUUUUGGUGUUUAAUGAUGAUAAACAGCAAUGAGGGAUUGUGCCCAUAUUCCGUCUAAAUAUGAAGCUAUGAUUUUUGUUUUGUUUCAUGGAGUUUAGCACACUAAGGUAACUGCAAGUUUGAGGAAAUUGACCAUCUAUUUUUAGAUUUAGGGUUGGAUUAGUCCUUCGUUUUUUUAUGGAUAUUACUGCUCUUUAUACACAUGGGAUUAAAAUACAAAUCAUGUUAUUAAAUGUUCUACUUGGGAUUUUCUGUUUAAGUAGAUUUGAUCUUGAUAAAAUAUUUAUGUCUUAUUAGGAAGAUUUUUGUUUAUCAAUUUAUCGCAU